GUUUACAUUUAAUUUGUUAACUGAAUCAUUUUCUAAAGUAUAUGGGAAAAAUGAACAUUCGAACAAAUAUUUUUCCAAAAUGUGUAAGAGAUGCUUUUGUUACUGGUUUUUUAUUUGUUAUAAUGCCAGUGGUUUACUACUUUGAAAUGUUUGUGGUUUUACCUAAAUAUUAUAAACAGUGGAGUGUUUGGUACAAUUUUCAUUUUGUUAUUGGGACUAUUAUUUUGUUUAAUAUAUGUUCAAAUUUGAUUGCAAUAAUAAUGUGUGAUACUAGCAUAAAAGGACGAGUUUUACCAACCGACUUGAAACCAGAUUGGAGGUUCUGUUCUGUAUGUGAAUCUGUAGCUCCUCCAAGAUCAUGGCAUUGUGAAGUAUGUAAAGUCUGUAUUCUUAAGCGAGAUCACCAUUGCAUGUUUACUAGUUGCUGUAUAGGUUUUGAAAACCAUCGCUACUUUUUGAUAUUUGUAUUUUAUAUGCUGAUAGCAACUUUAUAUGCAUCUUAUUACAAUAUGAAAUUUAUAAAAAAUUUUGUAACAUUUGAUUUUUCUUGGACGUCCAUAUUUAAGAUAGUUUUUCCACUGGCCACUUUAUUUAUGGAAUGGACCCAAAAUCAAUUAUUCAUUUUUCUGAUUUUAAUAGUUUUUUUUGGGGCUGGUUUCAGUGGCGCAUUAUUAUAUUUUCAUAUCGAUUUAAUGUUGAGAAGUGUUGUAACUUAUGAACGUAACACUGUUAGUAAAUAUGACAAAGGUAAAUUAGAAAAUAUUAAGCUUGUUUUAGGUGAUAAAUGGUAUUUAGUUUGGUUGUCACCUUGGAUAAAAAGUAAAUUGACAUGUGAUGGUAUUAAUUGGGACAAAAUGUUAUCUUUAAAAGAGAAGUAAUAAAGAUUGUAGAUACAUGAAGACACAUUUAGUUUGUUAGUAACCAUCAUAUUUAGUAAUAGUUCAGUAUUCACCUUAAUAGUUGUUAAUUAUUGUACAAAUUUUGAUGUGCAUUGAAUCAGUAAAUAUUUUAGAUAUUUGUAGUUUUUAUACUUGGAGGUUUCCACAAUUCCAUGAAUCUGUGAAAACAUAUUAAUUACUAUUUGGAGUGCAAAACCAUUGUAGUACAUAUCAAUUUAGGAAAAAAAUGUUCAAAUUUCAUUGUUAGUUU